UGUACAUCCUCAGCCAUGGGAAACGGCCCCAGCAACAACCCCAGUAACAGCAACAACCCCAGCAGCAGCAACUGCAACAACAGCAGCACCAACAGCAGCAACAAGAUCCUCUCAAACAGCAACUCAAGCCAAAACUCAGUCAACAUUGGAGGCAAUGUGCAGCUGUACCGGACUCUGAGCCGUGCAAACCCAUCGGGGAAUAUGUUGGUGUCUCCGCUGAGCAUCAGUUCAGCUCUGGCUAUGGUCUACCUGGGAGCCAGAGGAGACACAGCUGAUCAAAUGGCCCAGGCCCUGUCAUUCCAACAUGGUGAAGCCGUCCACGCCGAAUUCAAGAAGCUGAUCGAAGACAUCAACUCACCAUCGAAAUCAUACAUUCUGAAAACAGCCAAUCGUCUGUAUGGGGAGAAAACCGCAAAGUUCUUUCCUCAAUACCUAGAAGACAAGCAUGAGUACUACAAGGCUGACCUGAAGUCUGUGGAUUUCAUCGAGGCAUUGGAGGCGAGCAGAAAGGAGAUCAACACCUGGGUCGAGCAGCAGACAGAAAAUAAAAUAAAAGAUCUCCUGAAGCCGGGGAUAGUCUCUGAAGGUACGAGGCUGGUUCUGGUCAAUGCCAUCUACUUGAAGGCAGACUGGAUGUAUCCCUUUGAUAAAGCAGAAACCAAAGAGAUGCCCUUUAAAGUCAGCCCGACUGAGAGCAAACCAGUCCAGAUGAUGUUCCAGAAGAAGAAUCUGAACUACAUGAACAUCCCUGACUACGGUCUGCAGAUCCUGGAGCUGCCGUUUGUGGAGGAGGAGCUCAGCAUGUUCAUCCUGUUGCCUGAACAGUCCACAGACGGCUCCGACCCUCUGCUGAAGCUGGAGAAGGAGCUGACGCUGGAGAGGCUGGAUGAAUGGACUGACAGGGAAAACAUGUUAGUUCACUCAGACAUCCACGUUCACCUGCCAAAGUUCAAGCUGGAGGAGGAGUACAAGCUGAAGGAGCCUCUGUCCGAGCUGGGCAUGACGGACGUGUUCUGCCCGUCACAGGCUGACCUGUCUGGCAUGAACGGCGGAAGAGAUCUCUUCCUGUCUGAGGUGGUACACAAGGCCUUCGUGGAGGUGAACGAGGAUGGCAUAGAGGCGGCUGCAGCCACAGGAGCUGUGGUCUGUGCUGGUAGCUGUGGGUCAGAGAAGGAGGUACACUUCACAGCAGACCACCCCUUCCUCUUCUUCAUCUGGCACAAUAAAACCAAGUCCAUCCUCUUCCUUGGCAUGUUCUCAUCUCCUCAGUAGACAGAACCAGGAGAGGAAGAUAUUCAAAUAAAAGCUUAAUCCUUUAAAUCUGGGCUUUAUUUUCUGUGUUUUUGUCUGUUUUUGCGCUGAAGU